CCUGAUUUGCCUGUUUGCUUCUUUUGCGCGCUGUGUCGGUGAGUGACCGCCUCUUCGAGCAGCCAAAGGGGAUUGGGUCCGCUUUGACCGCUGUUUGCUGCUUGCGCAAAAAGGCAAGCCAGAGGCAGCCCAUUCCCGUCAGCCCCGUGUCAUCCGCUGCAGCCAGCUGCACGCCAGCUGCUACCCUGGACCCCGGGCCUCGAGACCGCCUUUCGCAUUAUUGAAUGUACAUACAUUGAUACUAUUACAUAGAUGGUGGCAUAGUGCGGCAGGUAACCACAGUAAAAAAUAACUGGCAGAGAUGACUCCUCGUCGCGUCUCGUCUCGGGCGCCCUUCACCCAAGUGUCAUGCUGAGAAGCCUGCUGUUACACCUCCUUUUCUCAUGACUCUUCUCUUGUUUCCAUCUGCGUCAUGACACGCAUGCACACACACCUUCUUUUCCUUUCUCCCUUGGGAUGGCAAAUGCAAGCCUCAACUUUCGCAUGCGGCAGCACUUCCCCACCGCGUACCGUGUACCGUGUACCGCACCGCACCGUGCGUCCCACGCUCCCCCACGAGGCGCAGAGUCGUACUUGGUACACUCAUCCACCCCUUCAGCCGGACGUUUGCAUUGCCAGAAAUGGGAUUGGGGGCGCUGCCUGUCACUUUCCGGUUGCUCACCCGCAGCUCCGCCUUGUGCGUCUGUGUACCCCCAUGUCGCUCCAUCUGAGCCCAAUAACCCCCAAUAACAGCCCCAAUCUGAUCAGAGUGGUCGGUGUUUCCACCACCCUUCCACCCUCAUGGCACAUGGCCCGGCAGUCAUUUGCUAUCUAUCCCCCAUCGCAACAAACAAUGCGACCUACGCCGAUCGCCGCACGCUGCUGA